AUGUCAUUUACUCGUGCUAGGGCUCCUUUGUGGCAUCAAUACAGGGUGAAAGGCGAGCCGAUGCAACGAGUCUCACAGGUACGAGAUUUAGGGGUAGUCUUCACUCCAGAACUGACAUUUCGUGAACACAUCAAUAAGAUCUGUAGGAAGGCAUACAGGAACCUGGGCUUUGUACUCAGACAAACUCAGGGGUUCACCAACAUCACGACACUCAGGGUACUGUAUGACACAUUAGUGCGGAGUCACCUCGAGCACAGUGCAGUUAUAUGGGCACCGCACGAGGCGAAAUACAGCGUCAUGUUGGAACGUGUUCAAAAUAAAUUUACAAGGCACUUGUAUUUCAAACUUUAUGGAGUUUAUCCAUUUUACCCCCUGAUGUACCCUACUCUAUUUGUUCUGGGUAUGGUAGGGUACAACGAGCUAAGGGUGCGGAGGGACUUUGCGUUGGUAGCGUAUGUGGUGAAGCUGCUGCGCGGCGUAGCGCAUAAUCCGGGAGUGCUGCGACACCUGCAGCUAUGUGUGCCGGACCGGUAUGUGUGGAAGAGGAGACGCCCGCCUCUCCUCGCUGCGCCGGCAGCCAGGAACAACUUACUAGCUAGGGCUCCUCUCACUAGAGCUAUGAGAGUAGUGAACGAAGUCCAUGAAAGGGUGGAUGUAUUGUGUUGCAAUAGUACAUGA